CAUUCCUGCUCCUACUCACGUAUUCCCUGUCCCAGGCCCAGAUUUUUGGUCCCACUCCUAAUCCCUGUCCUCAUUCCCGGUCUCAUUCCAAGUCCCUUUCUCGUAUUUUGAAUCCCUCUCCCGGUCCUGCUCCCAUUCUCGGCCCCUGUCCCUAUUCCUAGUCCUGUCCCCAUUCUCUGUCCCACUCCCAGUCCCGGUCCCCAUACCCGAUCGUGUCCCGCAUUCCCGGUGCCAGAGCCCAUUCGCGCUCUCAUUCCCGAUCCCUGUCCCCAUUGCUGCCACGAUUCCCAGUCCCCGUCCCCAAUUCCCGGUCGCAUUCACAGUCUUUGGCCACAUUCCCGGCUCCAGUCCCGUAUUUGCGGUCCCAUUCUUGUUCUCGGUCCCGUACUACCGCCCUCUGUCCCGAUUCCCGGUCCCCAUUGCCAGUCCCUGCCACCAUUCCUGUCCCCAAUCCCGCUCCCCGUCCGCUGUCACCGGACGCCGCCGCCAUCGCUCCGGCCCUGCCCGGGCCCUCACCGGCCCGAAGAAACCCCGCGCCUCUCCCGCCCACCAAUCACAGCGCGCGAUCGCUCCUCGAUUUGCAUAACCACGCCCUCUGCCUUGGCCCCGCCCAGCGCCGGCUGCAGCCGCCUCCGGGCGCUGUUUGCUCCCAGCUCCCUCCCAGUGCUCCCAGUAAGAGCCAGACUGGGAGGGAAAGCGCCUCCAAAUCCUUCUCGCUUCUCUCAGGAUCGCUCCCGGCGCUCUCAAUAUCGCUCUCAGUGCCGCGCGUGGCGCAGUCCCUUUGGAAUUCUCCCCAGGGCAGAGCGCGGCUGCUUUUGGGUGUCGGCACCUCCCGCUCUAGGCUUGGGGAGGAGGAGGAGCGGGAGGAGGAGGAGAAGGAAAGGAAGGAGCGGGAGGAAGAGGAGGAGAAUGAACAGGAUCGACAAAGGAGGUGGAAAAGGAAGAGGAGGAGCCGGAGGAGCAGCAGCAGCAGCAGCAAGAGCCCGCGGUUCCCUCGGCUGCCCCCUCAGGCCGCCGCUCCCCCGGCUCCCGCAGCAUCGCCGCCCCGGAACCCGCAGACCUGGGCUCGAUGAAGGAGGAGGGGGCCCCGAGGAAGAGGAAGAUAUUGCAGGAGCCCCAAGCAGAUAUGGAGCUGAGCACCGAGGCCAGCGAGGAGAAAUCCUUACGGCAGAACCUCAUGGAAGAGGCCGUUGUGAGUGGCCCCACGACGCAGGAAUUGAAUGGGGAGGAAAAGCCUCGGAGAUCCCGCACGAGGAGGGGCUGCAAAAGCAGAUCUCGAGCAUCUGAGGAGGAAAGAUCUACCCUGGGCCGCGGAGGUGGCCGGAGCUCAGAGCUGGAGGUCCCUGAGCAGCUGCAGGAUGGGGAGAAGCCCCACAAGUGCUCAAAAUGUGGGAAGAGCUUCAGCCACAGAUCCUCCCUGAUCCGCCACCAGGUCAGCCACACUCUGGAGAUGCCCUUUGAGUGUGAUAAAUGUAGGAAGAGGUUUCAGAGCAGCACCUGUCUCCUCAGGCAUUACAGGAUUCACAGGGAUGAGAGGCCCUUCCGCUGCCCCGACUGUGGGAUGGGCUUCAAGUACAAUUUUGCCCUCAUCACCCACCGGCGCAUCCACACCGGGGAGAGGCCCUACGAGUGUGGGGAGUGUGGGAAGAGCUUCACCCAGAGCUCCACCCUGACUGCCCACCAGAGGAGACACACGGGAGAACGGCCCUAUGAGUGUGGGGAGUGUAGGAAGAGCUACAAGACAAGCUCUGAACUGAUCAUUCACCAGAGGAGCCACACUGGGGAACGACCCUAUGAGUGUGGGGAGUGUGGGAAGAGCUUCACCCGGAGGUGCCACCUGCUCUGGCACCAGAGGAGCCACAAGGGCUCUACAGCCUACAAGGAAUGUUCCUAUGAGUGUGGGGAGUGUGGGAAGACCUUGAGAUCAAGCUCUGAACUGAUUGUCCACCAAAGGAGCCACACUGGGGAACGGCCCUAUGAAUGUGGGGAGUGUGGGAAGAGAUUCAUGUCGAGAUCCCACCUGAUUGCGCACCAGAAGAUCCACACGGGGGAACGGCCAUACGAGUGCGAUAAAUGCAGGAAGAGGUUUCAGACCAGCACCAAUCUCCUCAUGCACCAGAGGAUUCACACGGAUGAGAGGCCCUUCCGCUGCCCCAACUGUGGGAAGGGCUUUAUACAAAACUCCACCCUCAUCAGCCACCGGCGCAUCCACACUGGGGAGAGGCCCCAUGAGUGUCCCCAGUGUGGGAAGAGCUUCUCAUGCAGAUCCGAUCUGAUCAAACACCAGAGGAUCCACACGGGGGAACGGCCCUAUGAGUGUGGGGAGUGUGGGAAGAGCUUCAGUUUUAGCUCUGGCCUAAGUGUCCACCAGAGGAUCCACACGAAGGAGAAGCCCUACGAGUGUGAACAAUGCAAGAAGAGGUUUACCGCCAGCUCCCAUCUCCUCGUGCACCGGCGGAUUCACAGAGAUGAGAAGCCCUUCCGUUGCCAUGACUGUGGGAUGGACUUCAGGGACAGCUCUGCCCUCAGCAAGCACCGGCACAUCCACACCGGGGAGAAGCCCUACGAGUGUCCCCAGUGUGGGAAGAGCUUCAGACACAGCCAGAACCUAAUUAUCCACCAGAGGAGCCACACAGGAGAACAGCCCUACAAUUGUGAGGAGUGUGGGAAGAGCUUCAGCCAGAGACCUCACCUGACCCGCCACCAGAGAAGCCACACCAGGGAGAGGCCCUACGAGUGUGACCAAUGCAAGAAGAGGUUUCAGAGCAGCUCAAAUCUCCUCAAGCACCAGCGGACUCACACGGAUGAGAGGCCCUUCCGCUGCCCUGACUGCGGGAUGGGCUUCCAGCGAAACUCCCACCUCACCAGGCACCGGCGCAUCCACACCGGGGAGAGGCCCUAUGAGUGUCCCGAGUGUGGGAAGAGCUUCAACGAUAGCUCUGCCUUGAUCGUCCACCAGAGGAGUCACACAGGGGAACGGCCCUACAAGUGUGAGGAGUGUGGGAAGAGCUUCAACCAGAGCCCCCACCUAAUUAUCCACCAGAGGAGCCACACAGGGGAGAGACCCUACAAGUGUGACCAAUGCAAGAAGAGGUUUCAGAGCAGCUCAAGUCUCCUCCUGCACCAGCGGAUUCACACGGAUGAGAGGCCCUUCCGCUGCCCCGUCUGUGGGAAGGGCUUCAAGUACAACUCCCACCUCGUCACCCACCGGCGCAUCCACACCGGGGAGAGGCCCUACGAGUGUCCCCAGUGUGGGAAAAGGUUUUCCAAGAGCUCUCACUUGACCCAACACCAACAGAGAGAAGCCCUGCAAGUGCCCCCAGUGCAGAAAGAGCUUCAUUCGCUGCUCCAGCUCCAUCCCCCAUGGGAGGAUCUACACUGGAUGAUUCCCACUGACGCCUGGAGGGGAGAGCCCUGGUGAUCUGUGUUGGGUACACACCUAGCUGGGGGCUCCACAUCCUCCUAGCUCCCUGUGGCCUGGAUUAUCUUUUGUUUUCUCUUUAUUCUUUCAAAACACCCAAAAUCAGGGUAAAAAUAAAGAUGUAUAACUAAGA